UGCAUCUUGAAAGACCUGUGGGACACGGACCACUGGACAAAAUUUCGCUGCCUCUUUCUCUUGGGAAGUCUGUAAACAUGAAGCUGUUUCUGGUUCUCAUUAUUCUGCUGUUUGAGGUACCCACAGAUGGGGCAAGACUCAAAAAAUGCUUCAAUAAUAUAACAGGCUACUGCAGGAAGAAAUGCAAAGUAGGAGAAAUAUAUGAAAUAGGAUGUCUAAGUGGGAAAUUAUGUUGUGUUAAUUAUGAAGAAAACAAAAAACAUGUGCCAGUUAAGAAGCCACAUACACAUUCUGGUGAGAAGCCGACCAUCCAUCAGGAUUAUGUCAUUUUACCCACUGUCACCAUUUUCACAGUAGAAUCCUAAAUCAAGCCCUUGUCUCACUGGUCUCCACUCUUCCUAAAUAAA